GAUCCACGUUCUUCUUAUGCGCCUUCCAUUCCAUCUCCAACACACGACACACAAUGUCUUCUCGCCCCGCUCGAUCGCGGAGAGUUCUUAGGAAACAAGUUAGUGAAGGGGAGGUCGCACCGAAGAAAGGUCGUCACAAUCCCACGAAGAUAAGAAGGGGCGCCGAAGGCGGAAAGGCCGCAGUUGGGAGAGACGUGGAGGCAGAUUGGGUGGAUGCAGAGGAGAAACAGGAGGAGGACGACGACUUCAAAGAAGAACAGGAACAGACUGUCGUGAGGAAAGUGAAGCAGAGAAGGGGGGGUGCGAUACGGAUCGAAAUGGGGGGGGUGGGCGCUGCGGAGGUGGCUCCUGAUCAGCAGCAGACGCCGUCGAGUAAGCAGAGCGAAAAGGCUGUUGGCGUGGAUAGCAGUUCCCAAGCUGCGGGCGAUGGCGGGGCGGAGGGCGAACACGACGAACCGCUAGUGAAGAAGCUUCGCGGGCAACGUCCGGAGGCGAAAGCGAUGGAGGUGGUCGCGAGGCUAUGGACCGACAACAUUCGGUUCUGGAAUCAAACGCGGGGAAAAAAAAUCAUCGACAUCAUGCACGAAGCCCAAGUUCACCUCGUUGAUGUGGCGACGGGGGUGCAGCCAUCGGCGAUCCGAAGGAGCAUCACCCUCCCCCACAGUUCCAUUCCGCAGAAGAAGAUCGAAGACGCCUCGGAGUUGAGGGCGGCGAAGGAAAGGGCGUUGAAGGUGGAGAGCAUUGCGAAGAGGGCCAUCCACGGCUGGAUUGUCAAGUCCGACAGCAGACACAAGGGGUAUCACUUGGCGUACCAGUACGCCUUGAACGACGCAGCGACUGACAUGGCGAGAGCGAUGUGGGCAUUGGAGGACUGGCGUUCAUUAGUCAGCCCGAUGGCGACUCGAAACACGCUAGAGUUGGGUAUGAAGCUCCCUUUGUGGUUCGUCGGAGCGAACGUGGUGGACAAGCACCAGGACAACGAGUGCCCGGCUUACCAGGAGGCCAUCUCUCAAUGUUUGGUGCAAGAUUUCACGAAUGUGGUAGAGGCGGCCCAGGCGAUGGACUCGGGGCGUGUGUCUUACAAGCGCCUGAAGUCCCUUGCGGAGGCAAUGAGGUACUUGCUGGCGGCGGCGGCGUGGAUAAUGAGGAUGGAUGGGGACGACGCAAGAUCGCACUUUGACGCCUGGGUUUUCGUGCAGUUGACGUCGAAGACCACCCUUCUUGCCGCCAUGGAUCGCCAUUUUGACUCCCAUCGUCAUGUCUUGCUAGCCGCAACUGUGAUGACGCAGAAACUGGGAAGACCGCCUCCGACCUUCACUCCCCCCUCAUUGUAUAUCUCCGACUGGGCAUCGAAGUGCGGCCUCACGUUCAAUCACAACGCGACUUUGCACUUCCCGAUGGAAGCAACGAAGACUGAUUGGCUCGGCACAGGCCCCCCUGAGGAGGAAGACUCGGACGACGACGAUGUUGAUGGCGCCGAGGGCGGGUGAUAGUGGGAGUGGAAGUGGAUGGACUGCCGGCGAGGGCCGACGAUCGUUCGCGGAAGGGUUUAGUAAAUGUCGGGGGCGAGG